CAUCUCAGCUGGAGCACUACCCCACCAUGGCAUUCUCACUCCCGCCUGAACUCCUCGCCUCCGCGGCCGACAUCACGCUCCCGAACCUCUUGGAGGCGCAGGAGCGGCUUGAAGCCGAGGCGCGUGAGGUGCUGCCCUACUCCUUCGAUGAGUGUACCUUCUCGAAGGGCGCGAUCCGGCAGUCGGUGUGGUCAUGCAUGGACUGUGGUAACAAGGGCGUCUGCUAUGGCUGCUCUAUCGCUUGUCAUUCCGAACAUCGCUUAGUCGAGCUCUGGAGCAAGCGGAGCUUCACAUGUGACUGCCCUACGAGCGCAAUGUGCUCGCCUUCCUCCUCCAAGAGGCGAUGCAACAUUUUCCCUCCCGACCAGCAGCCUCAGCCGCCAAACGAGGGGAACGCGGGCCGGUACACCCACAACUUUGUCGGCGAGUUCUGUCGCUGUGGUCGUGACUACGACCCGGAGACAGAGACAGAAGCAAUGAUCCACUGUAUUGGAUGUGAGGACUGGUUUCACGAAUCGUGUCUCAACCUCGCGCCCCGCAAACCGGAACGGGACACUCCGCUCCCCGAGGAAGAGGAGGAGAGCGACUCGCUCCUUCCAUCAGAAAGCUACGACGGGCUGCUCUGCGCGGCAUGUGCGGACCACCCGUUCGUGGCCGAGCGCAAGGGGCGAGACGGAUGGAUGGUCGUCGUGCCCCGGGGAGACGAGUGGGUGGUUGAGGGGCGGAAGGAGGGAGAGGAGGGGAGCGGAAGGGCCAGGAUGGUCGAGAAAGCGGAGGAGCCCGCUUGGGGAGGCGAAGCCGGGCCUGCACUCGGCAAGAAGCGCGCGUCGGAAGACGAAGGGCCCGCUGCCAAGCGUGUAAAGGUCGAGGCUCCAGGGCAGGUCCUCACUGAGGCCGUGACCGCUGAGCCUACCGUCGAGCCUACCGCCGAGCCCACCGCCAUACCCACCAGUACCGUACCGCCACCCGCGCAAGCCACCGCUGAACCACGCCGAGCGGCCGGCGACGUCUUCCUCGCCGACGGCGUGCGAGACCAUCUGAAAGCCACGCUCUCUGACGCGGAAGCCGCAGCCCUCCCCUUCCCGCUGGUUGACGAGGAGAUCUACGAGCCGCCAGCCGACUCGCCGCCUGAGACGCUCGAGGCAGUCACGGAGCGCGUCGUGAGCGCCCUCCCGCGUGUGCAGGCCAUCGAAGCGUUGUACGGCUACGAGAGCAUGCGCGACAAGCUCAAGGUCAUGCUCGCGGCACAUGUGCAGAGCGGACAGGCGGUGAGCCGGGACGACAUUGAGACCUUUUUCGAGAAUCUGCGUGCUCAGCGCGCCACGUAGCACCGUUGUAAAUGUACCAGUUGAUGCGUAAAAUGCAUGUACCGUAAAUACAACAGAUAUUAUAGUCGAUAGACGACAUCUAUGCCAUAUGUUCCAAAUUA